AUGGGGCCUGCGGGCGGCAGCCUGGCUCUGCCCUGCGUGAGCAACGUGCGCUGCGGGGAGCGGUGGCUAAUUCCUGCCUCGGGGUUGUUGGACAAGUUCAUUCAGCCAUCUGACAGUGAGUCACAAAUACGAAGGGCCUACUAUGUGCCUCUGUGGUGGGAUGCUGAGGGCCGCAGACCAACCCUGCUGGUGUCUCUGGGCACUUCCACUGAGGGGGCUGUGGACGCCUCCCACAGCGAGGUCCCCCCCCCCCAGGGGCUGGAUGUAAUUUUUGCUAAAAGGGAGAAACCAGGGGCCUGUCCAGAGCCACAGAGAUUUGGGGGCCUUGGGUUUGUCCCCACCCCCACACUGCCUCUGGAUUUCCACGAGGUGACCCGCGGGCUCAGGGCAUAUGAUGGCUUAUCUCUGCCUGAGGACACGGAGACUGUCACCGUGGGCCGGGCUGGCUGGAGCUACGCAUACCUUUCUGACGAUGAGGACCUGCUGGCUGACGAUGCGUCUGGAGAUGACCUGGGCAGUGGGGAUCUGGGCAGUGGGGACUUCCAGAUGGUUUAUUUCCGGGCCCUGGUGAACUUCACCCACUCCAUCGAGUACAGCCCUCGGCUGGAGGACGCGGGCUCCAGGGAGUUCCGGGCGGUGUCGGAGGCUGUGGUGGACAAGCUGGAGUCGGAGUACUUGAAGAUCCCGGGAGACCAGGUGGUCAGCGUGGUAUUCAUCAAGGAGCUGGACGGCUGGGUCUUCGUGGAGCUGGACGUGGGCUCAGAAGGGAAUGCGGACGGGGCUCAGAUUCAGGAAGUGCUGCACACGGUCAUCUCCAGGGGCUCCAUCGACUCCUAUGUCACCUCCCCCCAGGGAUUCCAGUUCCGACGCCUGGGCACAGCACAGACCCCCCCACCCCUGCUGGCCGCUGUGGGGGUUGCAGUGACACCAGUGCCCCAGCUCCCCAGGGUCUGCACCGAGGCCGAGUUUGCCUGCCACAGCUACAAUGAGUGUGUGGCCCUGGAGUAUCGUUGUGACCGGCGACCUGACUGCAGGGACAUGUCCGAUGAGCUCGAUUGUGAGGAGCCUGUCCCGGAGCUGGGCCCCGGGCCACCAGUGGUGGAGGCGACACCUCAACUGCCCUGGCCAGAGGCGGCCCCCACACGGCGGCCACCAGAGACCCUGGCUCCCCAUCCUCUGCUGCCCAGUCCAGACAGCCCCGUGCCCUGUGGGCCUCAGGAGGCCAUGUGCCACAGUGGGCACUGCAUCCUCAAGGACUACCUCUGUGACGGGCAGGAGGACUGCCAGGACGGCAGCGACGAGCUGGGCUGCGAGCCCCCGCCGCCCUGUGAGCCCAACGAGUUCGCCUGUGGAAAUGGGCACUGUGCCCUCAAGCUGUGGCGCUGCGAUGGCGACUCUGACUGCAAGGAUCACACGGACGAGGCCGACUGCCCUGCCGGUCACCCUGAGGAUGUGUGCAAGCCCACGGAGUUCCGCUGUGUCUCCACCAACGCCUGCAUCCCCGCCAGCUUCCACUGUGACGAGGAGAGCGACUGUCCCGACCGCAGCGACGAGUUUGGCUGCAUGCCUCCCCAGGUGGUGACCCCUCCCCAGGAGUUGAUCCAGGCUUCCCGGGGCCAGACAGUGACCUUCACCUGUGUGGCCAUUGGUGUCCCCACCCCCAUCAUCAACUGGAGACUCAACUGGGGCCACAUCCCCUCUCAUCCCAGGGUGACAAUGACCACCGAGGGUGGCCGUGGCACACUGACCAUCCACGACGUGAAGGAAGCAGACCAGGGCGCCUACACCUGUGAGGCCAUGAACGCGCGAGGCAUGGUGUUCGGCAUCCCCGACGGAGUCCUGGAGCUCAUCCCCCAGCGAGGCCCUUGCCCCGACGGACACUUCUACCUGGAGCCCAGCGCCUCCUGCCUGCCCUGCUUCUGCUUUGGGGUCACCAGUGUGUGCCAGAGCAGCAGCCGCUUCCGGGACCAGAUCCAGCUGCGGUUUGACCAGCCCCACGACUUCAAGGGUGUGAACGUGACCAUGCCCUCCCAGCCCGGCAUGCCGCCGCUGUCCUCCACGCAGCUGCAGAUCGACCCCGCCCUGCAGGAGUUCCAGCUGGUGGACCUGUCGCGCCGCUUCCUCAUCCACGACUCCUUCUGGUCUCUGCCGCAGCAGUUCCUGGGCAACAAGGUGGACUCCUAUGGUGGUUUCCUGCGCUACAAGGUGCGCUAUGAGCUGGCACGUGGCCUCUUGGAGCCAGUGCAGCGGCCAGACGUGGUCCUGGUGGGUGCCGGGCAUCGCCUGCUCUCCCGAGGCCACAAGCCCACCCAGCCCGGAGCCGUGAACCAGCGCCAAGUCCAGCUCUCUGAGGAGCACUGGGUGCACGAGUCCGGCCGGCCGGUGCAGCGGGCCGAGAUGCUGCAGGUGCUACGGAGCCUGGAGGCCGUGCUUCUGCAGACGGUUUACAACGCCAAGAUGGCCAGUGUGGGGCUCAGCGACGUCACCAUGGACACCACCGUCACCCAUCCCACCAGCCACGGCCGUGCCCACAGCGUAGAGGAGUGCAGGUGCCCCGUCGGCUAUUCUGGCCUGUCUUGCGAGAGCUGUGAUGCCCACUUCACCCGGGUGCCUGGUGGGCCCUACCUGGGCACCUGCUCUGGCUGCAAUUGCAAUGGCCAUGCCAGCUCCUGUGAUCCUGUAUAUGGCCACUGUCUGAAUUGCCAGCACAACACGGAGGGACCCCAGUGUAACAAAUGCAAAGCUGGCUUCUUUGGGGAUGCCACCAAGGCCACAGCCACCGCCUGCCGGCCCUGCCCUUGCCCAUACAUCGAUGCCUCCCGCAGAUUCUCUGACACGUGCUUUCUGGAUACCGAUGGCCAAGCCACCUGUGACACCUGUGCCCCUGGCUACACAGGCCGCCGCUGUGAGAGGUGUGCCCCUGGCUACCAGGGCAACCCCAUCCAGCCUGGCGGGAAGUGCAAGCCCACCAACCAGGAGAUUGUGCGCUGUGAUGAGCGGGGCAGCAUGGGGACCGCUGGAGAAGCCUGCCGCUGCAAGCUCCCAGCUCUGUGCCUGCAGAACAACGUGGUAGGGCGUCUGUGCAACGAGUGUGCCCACGGCUCCUUCCACCUGAGUGCCCGGAACCCCGAUGGCUGCCUCAAGUGCUUCUGCAUGGGUGUCAGCCGCCAGUGCACCAGCUCCUCCUGGAGACGCGCCCAGGUGCUGGGGGCCUCCUCGGAGCCCAGCGACUUCAGCCUGACCGAUGCCGCAGGCGCCCACACCACCAGCGAGGGCAUCUCGUCCCCCAUGCCCGGGGAGCUGGCCUUCUCCUCCUUCCACAGCCUCCUGUCUGGACCCUACUUCUGGAGCCUCCCUUCGAGCUUCCGGGGGGACAAGGUGACCUCCUACGGAGGAGAGCUGCGCUUCACAGUGACCCAGCGGCCCCAGCCGGGCUCUGUGCCCCUGCACGGGCAGCCGCUGGUGGUGCUGCAGGGCAACGGCAUCGUCCUGGAGCAUCACAGUGCCCGGGAGCCUGGCCCCGGCCAGCCCAGCGCCUUCACUGUGCCCUUCCGGGAGCAAGCCUGGCAGCGGCCUGAUGGACAGCCGGCCACACGGGAGCACCUGCUGAUGGCGCUGGCGGGCAUCGAUGCCCUCCUGAUCCGAGCAUCCUACACCCAGAAGCCCUCUGAGAGCAGGGUCUCUGGCAUCAGCAUGGAUGUGGCCGUGCCUGAGGACACUGGCCAGGACCCUGCGCUGGAGGUGGAGCACUGUACCUGCCCGCCUGGGUACCGGGGCCCGUCCUGCCAGGAAUGUGACACAGGCUACACACGCAUGCCCAGCGGCCUCUACCUGGGCACCUGUGAACGCUGCAGCUGCCACGGCCACUCGGAGGUCUGUGAGCCUGAGACUGGUGCCUGCCAGGGCUGCCAGCACCACACAGUGGGCCCCCGGUGUGAGCAGUGCCAGCCAGGAUACUACGGGGAUGCCCAGCGGGGCACGCCACAGGACUGCCAGCCGUGCCCAUGCUACGGAGCCCCUGCUGCCGGCCAGGCUGCCCAUACCUGCUUUCUGGACACCGACGGCCACCCGACCUGUGACUCGUGCUCGCCAGGCCACAGCGGGCGCCACUGUGAGAGGUGUGCCCCAGGUUACUAUGGCAACCCAAGCCAGGGCCAGCCUUGCCGGAGAGAUGGCCAGCCACCAGAGGGGACAGGCUGUGGCUGUGACCCUCAGGGCAGCAUCAGUAACCAGUGUGAUGCUGCCGGUCAGUGCCAGUGCAAGGCACAGGUGGAGGGCCUCACCUGCAGCCGCUGCCGGCCCCACCACUUCCACCUGAGCGCCGGCCACCCGGACGGCUGCCUGCCCUGCUUCUGCAUGGGAGUCACCCAGCAGUGUGCCAGUUCCUCCUACACCCGCCACCUGAUCGACACCCGCUUUGCCCCUGGGGACUUCCAAGGCUUUGCCCUGGUGAACCCUCAGCGGAACAGCCGCCUGACGGGAGGCUUCACCGUGGAGCCUGUGCCCGAGGGCGCCCAGCUCUCCUUCGCCAACUUCGCCCAACUUGGCCAUGAGUCCUUCUACUGGCAGCUGCCGGAGGCCUACCAGGGCGACAAGAGGGAGGCAUACUUUGCGCGGAUGCGCUGGGCUCACCAGAACCGCACGUCCCUCUCAGAGGAGCAAUGGCGGGCAGCCGUGACAUCUGGGAGGAUCCCCGGACCCCCAGAGGGCAGGGGCCAGGCCCAGCGGGCAUCACAGGUGGACGAGGCCCAGAGGCGGAUGGACGCUGAGAUCUGGCAGCUCCUUGCCAACUUUGCCGCCCAUGACCACUCCCCUCACCGGGGGCUGCCCCCUCGCCCCCAGCCUGCCCUGCGAGCAGCUCCCGGGUCCCACUCGUCCUCGCCCUCCUCCGACUCUCUCUCCUCCGACUCUCCCUCCUCCUCCUCUUCCUCCUUUACUGCCCUGUCUUCCCCAGUGAGCUCUCAGUUCUCUCUCUCCUACGAAGGCUUCUCUCUGUCUCCUGCAAGUCUCUGGUAUUGGCAGCUGCCCCGAGCCUUCCUGGGGGACAAGGUGGCGGCCUACGGCGGGCGGCUGCGGUACACCCUCUCCUACAGGGCAGGCCCGCAGGGCAGCCCGCUCUCUGACCCCGACGUCCAGAUCACGGGCAACAACAUCAUGCUGGUGGCCACCCAGCCGGCUCUGCAGGGACCGGAGAGGAAGAGCUAUGAGAUCGUCUUCCGAGAGGAAUUCUGGCGCCGGCCCGACGGGCAGCCGGCCACCCGUGAGCACCUGCUGAUGGCGCUGGCCGACCUGGACGAGCUCCUGGUCCGGGCCACGUUCUCCUCGGUGCCGCUGGCGGCCAGCAUCAGUGCCGUCAGCAUGGAGGUCGCCCAGCCAGGGCUCUCCGCUGGACCCCGGGCCCUGGAGGUGGAGGAGUGCCGCUGUCCCCCAGGCUACGUGGGCCUGUCCUGCCAGGACUGCGCCCCUGGCUACACACGCACGGGGAGCGGCCUCUACCUCGGCCACUGUGAGCUGUGUGAAUGCAACGGCCACUCCGACCUGUGCCACCCAGAGACCGGGGCCUGCUCGCAAUGCCAACACAACGCUGCCGGGGAGUUCUGCGAGCUGUGUGCACCUGGCUACUACGGAGACGCCACGGCCGGAACGCCCGAGGACUGCCAUCCCUGCGCCUGCCCGCUGACCAACCCGGAGAACAUGUUCUCCCGCACCUGUGAGAGCCUGGGAGCCGGUGGCUACCGCUGCACGGCCUGUGAGCCCGGCUACAGCGGACAGUACUGCGAGCAGUGUGCCCCAGGUUACACAGGUAACCCCAACGUGCCAGGGGGCCGGUGCCUGCCACAGGCAGACCAAGCCCCACUGGUGGUCCAGGUCCACCCUGCUCGGAGCAUCGUGCCCCAGGGUGGCGCUCACUCCCUGCGGUGCCAGGUCAGCGGGAGCCCACCCCAUUACUUCUACUGGACCCGUGAGGAUGGGCGGCCUGUGCCCAGCAGCACCCAGCAGCGACAUCAGGGCUCCGAGCUGCACUUCCCCAGCGUGCAGCCCUCUGAUGCCGGGGUCUACAUCUGCACCUGUCGGAACCUCCACCACGCCAAUACCAGCCGGGCAGAGCUGCUGGUCACUGAGGCGCCCAGCAAGCCCAUCACGGUGACAGUGGAGGAGCAGCGGAGCCAGAGCGUGCGCCCCGGGGCGGACGUCACCUUCAUCUGCACAGCCAAGAGCAAGUCCCCCGCCUACACCCUGGUGUGGACGCGGCUGCACAACGGGAAGCUGCCCUCCCGCGCCAUGGACUUCAACGGCAUCCUCACCAUCCGCGACGUGCACCUGAGCGACGCGGGCACCUACGUCUGCACGGGCUCCAACAUGUUCGCCAUGGACAAGGGCACGGCCACGCUGCACGUGCAAGCCCCGGGCUCCUCGUCUGCUCCCGUGGUCUCCAUCCACCCGCCACAGCUCACGGUGCAGCCCGGGCAGACGGCCGAGUUCCGCUGCAGCGCCACGGGCAGCCCCACACCCACCCUCGAGUGGAUAGGGGGCCCUGGUGGCCAGCUCCCUCAGAAGGCACAAAUUCACGGUGGCAUCCUGCGCCUGCCAGCCGUCGAGGCCUCGGAUCAGGCCCAGUACCUGUGCCGGGGCCUCAGCAGCGCCGGGCAGCACGUGGCCAGGGCCAUGCUUCAGGUGCACGGGGGCAGUGGGCCCAGGGUCCAGGUGAGCCCGGAGAGGACCCAGGUGCACGAAGGCCGGACGGUCAGGCUGUACUGUAGGGCCGCGGGUGUGCCCAGUGCCACCAUCACCUGGAGGAAGGAGGGCGGCAGCCUCCCGCCGCAGGCCAGGUCCGAGCGCACGGACAUCGCCACGCUGCUCAUCCCGGCCAUCACGGCUGCCGACGCUGGCUUCUACCUCUGUGUGGCCACCAGCCCCGCGGGCAGCGCCCAGGCGCGCAUUCAGGUGGUCGUCCUCUCAGCCUCGGGCGCCAGCUCCCUGCCGGUCAGGAUCGAGUCCUCAUCGCCCACUGUGACGGAGGGGCAGCCGCUGGACCUCACCUGUGUGGUGGCGGGGGUGGCCCACACACAGGUCACGUGGUACAAGCGAGGGGGCAGCCUGCCUCCCCACGCCCAGGUGCACGGCUCCCGGCUGAGGAUCCCCCAGGUCUCACCAGCGGACUCUGGAGAAUAUGUCUGCAGAGUGGAGACAGAGUCGGGCCCCAAGGAGGCCUCCAUCAUGGUCUCCGUCCCCCACAGCACCCACUCGGGCCCCAACCACACCCUAGCCCCAGGCAGCACCCUGCCCAUCCGCAUCGAGUCCUCCUCCUCCCAAGUGGCCGAGGGGCAGACCCUGGAUCUGAACUGCGUGGUGCCGGGGCAGGCCCAGGUGACGUGGCACAAGCGUGGGGGCAGCCUCCCAGCCGGGCACCAGACCCACGGCUCACUUUUACGGCUGCACCGAGUGUCCCCUGUGGACUCGGGCGAGUACAUGUGCCGCGUGGUCCUCGGCUCGGAGCGCUCGGAGGCCUCGGUCCUGGUCUCCAUCGAGCCCGCUGGCUCCGUCCCUGCCCCAGGACCCAGCCCGCCCGUCAGGAUUGAGUCCUCGUCCCCAACAGUGGCCGAGGGGCAGACCCUGGACCUCAACUGUGUGGUGGCAGGGCAGGCCCAUGCCCAGGUCACGUGGUACAAGCGUGGGGGGAGCCUCCCGGCCCGCCACCAGGUCCGUGGCUCCCGCCUCUACAUCUUCCAAGCCUCCCCAGGGGAUGCAGGAGAAUAUGUCUGCCGGGCCAGCAAUGGCGUGGAGGCCUCUAUCACAGUCACAGUAACCAGGACCCAGGGGGCCAACUUUGCCUACCCCCCCGGCAGCACCCCGCCCAUCCGCAUCGAAUCGUCCUCCUCCCAAGUGGCCGAGGGGCAGACCCUGGAUCUGAACUGCGUGGUGCCGGGGCAGGCCCACGCCCAGGUCACAUGGCACAGGCGCGGGGGCAGCCUGCCCGCUGGGCACCAGGCCCACGGCUCACUGCUGAGGCUGAACCAGGUGUCACCUGCUGACUCCGGCGAGUACAUGUGCAGAGUGGUGGGCGGCUCGGUGCCCCUGGAGACCUCCGUCCUGGUCACCAUUGAGCCUGAGAGCUCCGUGCCUGCACUCGGGGUCACCCCGCCGGUACGAAUUGAGUCAUCGUCCUCCCACGUGGCUGAAGGGCAGACCCUGGAUCUGAACUGCCUGGUUACUGGGCAGGCCAACGCCCAGGUCACGUGGCACAAGCGCGGGGGCAGCCUGCCCUCCCGACACCAGGUGCAUGGCUCCAGGCUGCGGCUGCCCCAGAUGACCCCAGCGGACUCUGGGGAGUACGUGUGCCGUGUGGUCAGUGGCUCGGGCACCCAGGAAGCCUCAGUCCUUGUCACCAUCCAGCAGCGCCCCAGCCCCUCCCACCCCCAGGGUGUGGUGUACCCCGUGCGAAUCGAGUCCUCCUCGGCCUCGCUGGCCAACGGUCACAUGCUGGACCUCAACUGCCUGGUCGCCAGCCAAGCUCCCCACACCAUCACCUGGUACAAACGCGGAGGCAGCCUACCCAGCCGGCACCAGAUCGUGGGCUCCCGGCUGCGGAUCCCUCAGGUGACUCCCGCCGACUCUGGCGAGUACGUGUGCCACGUCAGUAACGGGGCUGGUUCCCGGGAGACCUCGCUCAUCGUCACCAUCCAGGGCAGCGGCUCCUCCCACGUGCCCAGUGUCUCCCCGCCAAUCAGGAUUGAGUCCUCGUCCCCCUCGGUGGUGGAAGGAGACACCUUGGAUCUGAACUGCGUGGUGGCUGGGCAGACCCAGGCCACCAUCACGUGGUACAAGCGUGGGGGCAGCCUGCCCUCCAGACACCAGGCCCACGGCUCCCGCCUGCGGCUGCACCAAAUGACCGUGGCCGACUCUGGCGAGUACGUGUGCCGAGCCAACAACAACAUCGAAGCCCAGGAGGCCUCCAUCGUGGUCUCGGUCGCCCCUGGCCCCAGCAUCCCUUCUGUCUCUGGCAGUGCUGUGCCCAUCAGGAUUGAGUCAUCGUCCUCACAUGUGGCCGAGGGGCAGACCCUGGAGCUGAACUGUGUGGUCCCUGGGCAGGCCCACGCCCAGGUCACGUGGCAUAAGCGUGGGGGCAGCCUGCCCACUCACCAUCAGGCCUACGGCUCCAGGCUCCGGCUACGCCAGGUGUCCCCUGUUGACUCGGGCGAGUAUGUGUGCCGUGUGCUGGGCAGCUCUGGCAUCCAAGAGGCCUCAGUCCUGGUCACCAUCCAGGCCUCUGGAUCUAGUGGCGGCCACGUCCCUGGAGGCACCCCACCCAUUCGCAUAGAGACCUCUUCCUCUCAAGUGGCCGAGGGGCAGACCCUGGAUCUGAACUGCGUGGUGCCCGGGCAGGCCCACGCCCAGGUCACAUGGCACAAGCGUGGGGGCAGCCUGCCCGCCCGGCACCAGGUCCACGGCCACCUACUGAGGCUGAACCACGUGUCUCCUGCCGACUCUGGGGAGUACUCAUGCCAAGUGACAGGCAGCUCGGGGACCCUGGAGGCUUCCGUCCUGGUCACGAUUGAGGCUUCCAGCCCAGGCCCUAUUCCUGCCCCGGGACUGGCCCAGCCCAUGUACAUCGAGGCCUCUUCCUCACACGUGGCCGAGGGACAGACCCUGGAUCUGAACUGCGUGGUGCCCGGACAGGCCCAUGCCCAGGUCACGUGGCACAAGCGAGGGGGCAGCCUGCCCGCCCGGCACCAGACCCACGGCUCCCAGCUGCGGAUCCACCACUUCUCCCCGGCUGACUCGGGUGAGUACGUGUGCCGAGUGGCCGGCAGCACAGGUCCUGAGCAGGAAGCCUCCUUCAUGGUCACAGCCGUCCCCAGUGCAGGGUCUUCCUACCGUCUCCGGAGCCCCGUCAUCUCCAUCGACCCACCCAGCAGCACCGUGCAGCAGGGCCAGGACGCCAGCUUUAAGUGCCUCAUCCACGAGGGGGCGGCCCCCAUCAGCCUGGAGUGGAAGACCCGGAACCAGCAGCUGGAGGACAAUGUCCACAUCAGCGCCGACGGCUCUACCGUCACCAUCGUGGGCAGCCGACCCAGCAACCACGGGGCCUACCGCUGCGUGGCCUCCAACGCCUACGGCGUGGCCCAGAGUGUGGUGAACCUCAGCGUGCACGGGCCGCCCACGGUGUCCGUGCUCCCCGAGGGACCCGUGCGGGUGAAGGUGGGGAAGGACGUCAUCCUGGAGUGCAUCAGCACUGGGGAGCCCCGCUCCUCUGCCCGCUGGACCCGGGUGGGCACUCCUGCCAAGUUGGAGCCUCGGACCUAUGGGCUGGUGGACAGCCACACGGUGCUGAAGAUUGCAGCGGUAAAACCCUCUGACGCGGGCACCUACGUGUGCCUCGCCCAGAAUGCCCUGGGCACAGCACAGAAGCGUGUGGAGGUGAUCGUGGACUCGGGCACCGCAGCCCCAGGGGCCCCCCAGGUCCAAGUUGAAGCAGCUGAGCUGACCUUGGAAGCUGGGCACACAGCCACACUGCGCUGCUCAGCCACAGGCAGCCCCACGCCCACCAUCCACUGGUCCAAGCUGCGCUCCCCCCUGCCCUGGCAGCACCGGCUGGAAGGCGACACACUGGUCAUCCCCCGGGUGGCCCAGCAAGACUCGGGCCAGUACAUCUGUAAUGCCACCAGCCCUGCGGGGCAUGCCGAGGCCACCAUCAUGCUGCACGUGGAGAGCCCACCGUAUGCCACUGUCGUCCCAGAGCACGCGUCUGUGCGGGCAGGGGAGACGGUGCGGCUCCAGUGCCUGGCCCACGGCACGCCCCCGCUCAGCUUCCAGUGGAGCCGCGUGGACGGCACCCUCCCCCGGAGGGCAGCCGCCAGGAACGAGCUGCUGCAGUUUGAGGCCACAGGCCCUGAGGACUCUGGCCGCUACCGCUGCCAGGUCGCUAACAGGGUGGGCUCAGCAGAGGCCUUUGCCCAGGUGCUUGUCCAAGGAUCCACGCCCACCGUGCAGGUCACCCCUCAGCUGGAGACCAAGAGCAUCGGGGCCAGUGUUGAGUUCCACUGUGCCGUGCCCAGCGACGCGGGCACCCAGCUUCGUUGGUUCAAGGAAGGGGGCCAGCUGCCUCCUGGCCACAGCGUGCAGGAUGGGGUGCUCCGAAUCCACAACCUAGACCAGAGCUGCCAAGGGACAUACGUUUGCCAGGCCCAUGGGCCCUGGGGACAGGCCCAGGCCAGUGCCCAGCUGGUUGUCCAAGCGCUGCCCUCGGUGCUCAUCAACAUCCGCACCACUGUGCAGACCGUGGUGGUCGGCCAUGCCGUUGAGUUUGAGUGCCUGGCACUGGGUGACCCCAAGCCUCAGGUGACGUGGAGCAAAGUUGGAGGACACCUGCGGCCUGGCAUCGUGCAGAGUGGAAAUGUCAUCAGGAUCGCCCACGUGGAGCUGGCCGACGCAGGACAGUACCGCUGCACCGCCACCAACGCGGCCGGCACCACCCAGUCCCAUGUGCUGCUGCUUGUGCAAGCCUUGCCCCAGAUCUCCACACCGCCAGAGGUGCGUGUGCCCGCCGGCUCUUCGGCUGUCUUCCCCUGCAUGGCCUCCGGCUACCCGACUCCUGACAUCACCUGGAGCAAGGUGGACAGCCACCUGCCCCCCGACAGCCGCCUGGAGAACAACAUGCUCGUGCUGCCCUCCGUGCGGCCCCAGGACGCAGGCACCUACGUCUGCACCGCCACCAACCGCCAGGGCAAGGUCAAAGCCUUUGCCCAUCUGCAGGUCCCAGAGCGGGUGGUGCCCUACUUCACCCAGACCCCCCACUCCUUCCUGCCGCUGCCCACCAUCAAGGAUGCCUACAGGAAGUUUGAGAUCAAGGUCACCUUCCGGCCAGACUCAGCUGAUGGCCUCCUUCUCUACUCGGGGAUGUUGCUGUACAACGGGCAGAAGCGGACCCCGGGGAGCCCCACCAGCCUGGCCAGCAGGCAGCCCGACUUCAUCUCCUUCGGCCUCGUGGGCGGAAGACCCGAGUUCCGGUUUGAUGCAGGCUCUGGCAUGGCCACCAUCCGCCACCCCACCCCGCUGGCCCUGGGCCAGUUCCACACGGUGACCCUGCUGCGCAGCCUCACCCAGGGCUCACUGGUUGUGGGCAACUUGGCCCCAGUUAAUGGGACCUCCCAGGGCAAGUUCCAGGGUCUGGACCUGAACGAGGAGCUGUACCUGGGCGGGUACCCCGACUACGGCGCCAUCCCCCACGCAGGGCUGAGCAGCGGCUUCGUAGGCUGUGUCCGGGAGCUGCGCAUCCAGGGCGAGGAGACCAUCUUCCAGGACCUCAACCUCACUGCGCACGGCAUCUCCCACUGCCCCACCUGCCGCGACCGGCCCUGCCAGAACGGGGGCCAGUGCCAGGACUCGGAGAGCAGCAGCUACGUGUGCGUCUGUCUGUCUGGCUUCACAGGGAGCCGCUGCGAGCACUCCCAGGCCCUGCACUGCCACCCCGAGGCCUGUGGGCCGGACGCCACCUGUGUGAACCGGCCCGAUGGCCGAGGCUACACCUGCCGCUGCCACCUGGGUCGCUCGGGGGUGAGGUGUGAGGAAGGUGUGACAGUGACCACACCGUCCAUGUCGGGCGCUGGCUCCUACCUGGCGCUGCCCGCCCUCACCAACACUCACCACGAGCUGCGCCUGGAUGUUGAGUUCAAGCCGCUGGCACCUGAAGGCAUCUUGCUGUUCAGUGGGGGGAAGGCCGGGCCUGUGGAGGACUUUGUGUCCCUGGCCAUGGUCGGCGGCCACCUGGAGUUUCGCUAUGAGUUGGGAUCAGGCCUGGCUGUCCUGCGAAGCACCGAGCCGCUGGCCCUGGGCCGCUGGCACCGCGCGUCCGCAGAGCGUCUCAACAAGGACGGCAGCCUGCGGGUGGACGGCGGGCGCCCCGUGCUGCGCUCUUCCCCCGGCAAGAGCCAGGGCCUCAACCUGCACACCCUCCUCUACCUGGGCGGCGUGGAGCCCUCAGUGCCGCUCUCCCCGGCUGCCAACGUGAGCGCCCACUUCCGCGGCUGCGUGGGCGAGGUGUCUGUGAAUGGCAAGCGGCUGGACCUCACCUACAGCUUCCUGGGCAGCCAGGGCAUCGGACAGUGCUACGACAGCUCCCCCUGUGAGCGCCAGCCCUGCCAGCAUGGCGCCACGUGCAUGCCCGCUGGCGAGUACGAGUUCCAGUGCCUGUGUCAAGACGGCUUCAAAGGAGACCUCUGUGAGCACGAGGAGAACCCCUGCCAGCUCCGGGAGCCCUGUCUGCAUGGGGGCACCUGCCAGGGCACCCGCUGCCUCUGUCUCCCUGGCUUCUCUGGCCCACGCUGCCAACAAGGCUCUGGACAUGACGUGGCAGAGUCCGAGUGGCAUCUUGAAGGCAGUGGGGGUAACGAUGCCCCCGGGCAGUAUGGAGCCUACUUCCAUGACAACGGCUUCCUCUCCCUGCCCAGCCGCGUCUUCUCCAGGAGCCUGCCUGAAGCACCCGAGACUGUGGAGCUGGAGGUUCGGACCAGCACGGCCAGCGGCCUCCUGCUCUGGCAGGGCGUGGAGGUGGGAGAGGCCGGCCACGGCAAGGACUUCAUCAGCCUCGGACUGCAGAAUGGGCACCUGGUCUUCAGCUACCAGCUAGGCAGCGGGGAGGCCCGCCUGGUCUCUGAGGACCCCAUCAAUGACGGCGAGUGGCAUCGUGUGACAGCACUGCGAGAGGGCCGGCGAGGCUCCAUCCAGGUCGAUGGCGAGGAGCUGGUCAGCGGGCGGUCCCCAGGCCCUAACGUGGCAGUCAACACCAAAGGCAGCGUCUACGUCGGCGGAGCCCCGGACGUGGCCGCGCUGACCGGGGGCAGGUUCUCCUCGGGCAUCACGGGCUGUAUCAAGAAUCUGGUCCUGCACUCGGCCGGGCCUGGCGCGCCACCCCCGCAGCCCCUGGACCUGCAGCACCGCGCCCAGGCGGGGGCCAACACAGGCCCAUGCGCCUCCUAGGCACCUGCUGCCCCACACGGACUCUGGGCAGGGCCCCCGCCAACCACAUGGAGUAUAUUAUUAUUAAUAUUAUUAUGGUGAAUUUUUUGUAAGAAACCGAGGCAAUGCCACGCUUUGCUGCUACGCCCUGGGCUGGACUGGAGUGGGCACGCCACCCCCCCACACGUGGACAGGCCGCAGGCGGGUGGGCGGGCAGGCAGGAGGGGAGUAGGUUGCCUCCAAAGGCCACCAGGACUCGGGGCCGGCACGGGGGCUGGGUGGAACUGCCCCUGCUCUCCUGCCCACAGGGGGCUUCCCAUCAUAGAGUUGGGGUGUCAUUUGGGCCGCCCUUGGGCACCCCUUCUUCCACAGAGAGCAAACCUUAGCUCACCACCUGGGGCCUAAGAGCAGGCGCUGCAGUGGCCGUGCCCACCUCUCCCCACUGUGGAACCUGCCUCCUCCUACACAGCAGGGCCACCUGCCCUGGCAGCCUCCCCCCCAAGCCCUCCGCCUGCACCCCACCCCAACACCCAGCCCAGGGCCCUGCCCUCAGGGGCUGCAAGGGAAACCCCAUCCAACUCUCACUGGCAGCUGCCGCGGCAGAGGCCACCCGGAGAGGCCUCCUGCCACACCAGGCCACACCCCCCACUCAUCUGGAGGUGAAGGCCCAGGGGAUGGGGGGGCCUUGGGUCGGGAGGAGCAGUGCCUUGGGCGGGGGAAGCGAGACUCCUGACUGGAGGGGGAGGAGGGGGAGCGACCGCGCUGCCCGCCUGAGAGCCUCAGGGCCCAGCGGGGUCAGCGGGCCCUGGACUGUGGCAUUGGACCCCUGGCCUCAGGGUCCUACAAGGGACCCUGCUGUGGUCUUUGUCUUGAUUUUUCUUAAUAAACGGUGCUAUCCCCGC